UGAGGCCGCCUGCCCGACGAGUCCCCGCUGACUGGCCGGUGGUGGUUGUCGCGACGCCGGUUCCGGUUCCCACGUCGCGCACGGCCGAGGCCAGCAGCAUCCAGUUGGAGCUGGCCGCCAUGCAUAUGGUGGCGGCCAGCAGGACAGCGCCGACCAGGAGCAGGGCGGUGCAGGCCCAGAAUCGGGAACGCCCGGUCGUUCGGUCCUUCGCAGGACAAAGAGAUGAUCAGUGAAGCGAGUCACGCGUCCAUGGACCUUCCUCGAGAAGCGUGGGGGACGAACAAAACUGAGGUGGAGGUUUCAGCAAUCCCAGACGGACGGUGAAAAGUGAGCCGGAAGCACGGAGAAAGGAGAGAACUAGGAAAGGAGCAUCUCGGGAUAAAAUCUGAAGCUAGCAAAAGUCAGCUCAUACAGGUGAUCAUGUCACGGCAAGCAAUGGCGGAAGAAGAUAUAGUGAUCACCGGCUUCUCCGCCUACUUUCCGCAAGCGGACCACCUCGUCGAGUUCAAGGAGAAGCUCUACGCGGGCGUCGACAUGGUCACGGAGGACGACUUACGCUGGCCUCCCGGGCAUCUGGGCUUGCCCGGACGGCAUGGCAAGAUCCGCGACUUGUCGCGUUUCGACGCGCAGUUCUUCCAGGCCCACCCGAAGCAGGCCCACGUGAUGGAUCCCCAGCUGCGGCUACUGCUGGAGACCUCGUACGAGGCCAUCGUGGAUGCCGGAUAUGACCCCGAAACCCUGCGUGGUAGAAAAAUCGGCGUCUUCGUCGGCACCUCGAAUUCAGAGUCGGCCGACGCGUUCAAAACGGACCCUAAGAAGAUGGACGGCUACGCCAUGCUCGGAGGAUGCCGGGCCCUGUUCUCCAACCGCGUCUCGUACUCGCUCGACUUCCACGGCCCGAGUGUCACGAUUGACACGGCCUGCUCGUCGGCGAUGACAGCUCUGAACGAGGCCGUGCAGGCUCUACGCUCCGGCCGCUGCGAGGCGGCCAUCGUGGGGGGAAGCAACGUCACCCUGGAGCCCACGGCGUCGUUGUUCUUUCUCCGCCUGAGCAUGUUGUCAGAGGAAGGGAAGUGCAAGGCCUUCGACUCGGACGCCAACGGCUACGUUCGCAGCGAGUCCGUAGGUGCCUUCUUUCUGCAACGUUCGUCCGAGGCACGACGCGUUUACGCCAAGGUCAUCAACGUCAUGACUAACGCGGACGGCUUCAAACCGGAAGGCGUCACCUUCCCCUCCACUUGGCUGCACGAGCAGCUUCUGCGCGAUGCGUACGCCGAGGUCAAUAUCGACCCGAGAAAUGUCGUCUACGUUGAAACUCACGGCACCGGAACCAAGGCCGGCGACCCCCAGGAGCUGCGUGCCCUCAGCGCCGCCUUGUGCGAGCCCGGACGGGAGAAGCCGCUCAAAGUUGGAUCCGUUAAGAGCAACAUGGGUCAUGCAGAGAGCGCCGCCGGAAUCCCUUCGGUGGCCAAAGUGAUACUGGCCAUGGAGACCGGCACCAUCGCGGCCAACCUGCACUUCAAAGAGCCCAACCCGGACAUCCCAUCCUUGCACGAUGGCACCAUCGAGGUUGUGGACAAACCGACGCCCUUUCCCGGCGGCCUCAUCGGCAUCGACGCGCUUGGAAUCGGCGGUGCAAAUGUGCACACCAUCCUAGAGUCCAACUCGAGACCGCACGUGGACAGCCUUCCGCGACAGAAACCGGAACUGCCGAGGCUGGUACUUAUGGCUGGGAGGAACAAGGACGCCCUGAUGCGCUCGCUGGAGAGAAUGGAGGCCGAAGGACCGUACCCGGACUCCGCGUACGCCCUCCUGAACCGCGUCGGACAGCCCAACGCGAGACAGUUCCCGUACCGAGGCUACGCCGUGGUUCCCGUCGACGACUCCGCCGUACCCGAGGUAGUCAAGGUCGUCGAGCAGGCGCCAUUCGAGAAGCGGCCCCUGUGGUUCGUCUUCACUGGCAUGGGCUGCCAGUGGAACGGCAUGGCGCGGCAGAUGAUGCACUUCGACCUGUUCGCCCGCUCCAUCCGCAAGUCGCACGAGAUGCUGCUCGAGGAAGUCGGCAUCGAUCUGAUCGACCUGGUGACGAGUGAGGAACCCCGGAAUCUGACCAUGGUCUCGCCUUUCGUUGCCAUUACGGCGAUACAGGUGGCGCUAGUGGACAUGCUUCGAGCCAUGGGGCUGCAGCCGGACGGCAUCUUGGGUCACUCGGUCGGCGAGAUUGGCUGUGCGUACGCCGACGGAGGCCUAACCGCCAGACAGACCGUCCUUUGUUCUUACUGGCGGGGACGCUGCACAGAACUGGGAAACCCGCCAAGAGGUUCUAUGGCGGCGGUGGGGCUUACGUGGGAAGAGGCUGCGAGGCGUUGUCCACCGGACGUGUACCCCGCGUGCCACAACGCCGAGGACUCGGUGACCGUGUCGGGCCCCGCCGAAGCCGUGGCUAAGAUGGUCGCCGAACUCAAGGCCGAGAACGUGUUCGCCCGUGAAGUGAACAGCCUGGACGUUGCCUUCCACAGUCCGCACAUCGACAGCAUCGGCACGGCGCUCCACGAUGCUCUGCGGAAGGUUGUUCCCGAGUCCAAGCCCCGCAGCGAACGCUGGAUCAGCUCGUCGGUGCCGGAGAUCCGCUGGAAGGAACCCGACUCGCAGCAGUGUUCGGCCGAGUACCACACCAAAAACUUCCUCGGUCCCGUGCUGUUUCGGGAGGCACUGACCCACGUGCCAGAGGACGCCAUCUUGGUCGAGAUUGGACCGCACUGCCUGCUGCAGGCGAUCCUGCGGCGUGCGAUGGGUACUCGGGCCAGCUGCCUGGGCCUGAUGAAGCGCCACGUCGACAACCUCGCCUUCUUCCUGGGAUCGUUGGGAAGACUGCACACCUUGGGAGUCCAGAUGGACCUGUCGCCUCUCUACCCGCCCGUUCCGUGGCCCGUGCCACGUGGGACACCCAACAUCGCUCAUCUGGUCAGCUGGGACCACACGCAGAGCUGGACGGUGGCCGGAUGGAAGGACUUCCCCACGGCGGCGCAGGCGCUCGAAGAGAUCGUCGAAGUCGACUUGGAGGCCAACAGUGCCGACCAGUAUCUGACCGGCCACCGGCCGGACGGACGCGUGUUGUACCCGGGGACAGGUUACCUGGUGCUCGCCUGGAGGUCUCUGGCCAGGCGCUGCGGCAAGCCCUUGAACCAGGUUCCUGUUGUGUUCGAUGACGUCACCCUCUUCAGAGCCACCAUCCUCCCAAAGACGGGGUCAGUGCGUUUCCAAGUGAUCAUGAUGCCGGCGUCCGGCGAGUUCGAGGUGUGCGAGGCUGGAGCGGUGGUCGCGAAGGGCCGCAUCCGUGUGGCCGAAGAAGGGGAGAAGCUGCUCGACAAGGAUCCGCCCGGGACGCCCGCCGAGGACGUCGCGUACGAUCUGGACACCACUGACGUGUACAAAGAACUCAGGCUCCGAGGCUACGAGUACUACGGCGCUUUCCAGGGUAUCCUGAAAGCCGAUAUCCAGAAACCAUACGGGAAACUCAAGUGGGAGGACAACUGGGUGACCUUCAUCGACUCUAUGCUUCAAAUGUGCAUACUCGGUGAGCCACUGAGAACGUUCAUGCUGCCGGUCAGGAUACAGUCGUGCACCAUUGAACCCGAGGUUCACGCCCAGGUCGUCGGCAGCGUCGGAGACUCCGGGGUGGAUGCCGUCUACUGCCCGUACCUCAACACUUUCCGCGCCGGCGGCGUCGAAAUACGCGGCCUUGACGCUACAGUCGCUCAGCGACGACCCGUGCAGCAGACGCCCGUCCUCGAGGACUAUCUGUUCGUUCCGUACGAGGAUGACGAUGCCGCGAGGCUCGAACGGGAACGCCCCCUGCGAGAGUACGUCGAAGUGUGCUGCGGCGUUGCGCGACGCGUGCUGGAGCGCUGCGGCGAAAACAAGGAUCGCAUUCACGAGAUCAUGAAUGGCUACCACGCCAUCUCGGAAAAGGCGCUCGAGAAGUACACCGAGAACGUUGCCGAAAACCAGGGCUUGCUACAAGUUCUCGUUACUAUACUGAAGCAGUGUAGCAACUCCGGUUCGCUGACUUCUACGGUGCAAUCAGCGUUGCUCGCUUCCGAGAAGCUCCUGGAGAAGGACUUGCUCAGCACGAGUCUCUUAGCAGAGGAUCCCUUAAGAUAUCUGCUUGACGUCGUGCUUGAGAACACGAGCUUCAAGAAAAUUAAGAUCCUUGAGCUGGCGACUGAAGGAAGCGUAUCCUUCCUGGCGCCCUGGGUGUGUUCCCUACUGUCCCUCGGCAACGUACUCCUCAAGACCGACUACACUGUGGCGCACCCUAAUCCAGACGGUCUCGCCCAGGACCAAGUUCCGGAAGGAGUCAAGAAACUCCCAUGGGACCCUUCCGCUGCCACUGAAGGAGUGUUGCCCGAGGCCGAUUUGGUGACCGCAGCCUGCGGUAUCACGGCCACUUCCAACGGCCUGGACACUUUGGCCCAGACACUGUUUUCUCGGUGCAAGGAACACGGAUUUGUUCUCGUCUCUCACCGUUCGGCACUGACCGCGGCUGAAGUGUUCCUCUCAACGGUGGGCGGUGUUCCGCUCGGGGCUCACUCCGAAAGCGUGGUGACUUCGGCGCUGGAAGGUCGCGGGUUGCGGCUGGUGGCGCUGAAGUCGAACAAAUUGUCGACGUUGCUCUUGUUCAGGAAAAGUACCUCCGCCGUUGACGUAGCUAAGCAGGAGGUGGUCAGGGUUAGCAACGCGGGUUUCGACUGGGUGGAGACGCUCAAGGAAAAGGCCAUCGAGUACGACGGUAAGCCGUCUGGCCAAAACCUCUGGUUGCUCGCCGAGGACGUCGGCGUAAGCGGCAUCGUGGGUCUGACCAACUGUCUGCGACAGGAGACCGGAGGACGCCACAUCAGAUGCGUAUUCGACGCGAACCAGAAGGGACCGAGCAGGGUGUCUGACUUCUGCCCCAGCAACGAGGCGUACAAGCACCUUCUGGAGCGCGACCUGGUCAUGAACGUGUACCGCGAUGGACAGUGGGGAUCGUACAGACAUCGGUCCGUUCAGUGGCGUGGAGUGGUGAAGAAGGAGACGCCUUUCGCCUUCCUCAGCGUGCGGACUCCCGGUGACCUGUCAAGCCUGCAGUGGUACGAGUCGCCCCUGUGCUACGCGCCCCCUACCGGCGAAUCUGGCACAAGCCGUACCGUCUGUGACGUGUACUACGCGCCUCUCAACUUCCACGACAUCCUGCUGGCCACCGGGAAAGUUCAAGUGGAGCCGUCGCAUGGGAACCCGGCCAGCCAGGACAGCUUCCUCGGCCUCGAGUUCUCGGGCCGUGACCCCAAGGGCCGUCGCGUCAUGGGCAUAGUAACUAGCGACGCCAUGGCGACGGCGGUCGCCGCCGACCCGGACAUGCUGUGGGAGGUUCCCGAGUCGUGGACGCUGGAAGAGGCCUCCACGGUUCCCGCGGUCUAUUCGACCGUCUACUACGCGCUCCUGGUGCGCGGCAACAUGCGGGCCGGCGAGUCCAUCCUGGUCCACUCGGGCAGUGGAGGCGUCGGCCAGGCGGCCAUUUCCGUCGCCCUCUCCAUGGGGUGCACCGUCUUCACGACUGUUGGGAAUCAGCAGAAGCGCGAGUACCUGAAGCGUCGCUUCCCACAGCUGGAAGACCGACACUUCGCCAACUCGCGGGACGUGUCCUUCGAGGAACACGUCCGGCUAGAGACCAAAGGACGGGGGGUGGACCUUGUCCUCAACUCCUUGGCCGAAGAAAAGCUCCGGGCCAGCGUCCGGUGCUUGGCGCCCCACGGACGCUUCCUGGAGAUCGGCAAGUACGACCUCUACAAGAAUUCUCCGCUGGGCAUGUCGGUGUUCCUCAAGAACGCCACCUUCCACGGCAUCAUGCUGGACAGCCUGAUGGGUGACGAUCCGUUCGCGAUGGAAGACAAGCGCCGUGUCGUCGAGCUAGUUCGCCAAGGCAUCGCUUCGGGCGUGGUGCGACCUUUGGACGCCAUUCGCUUCACGAGGGACCAGGCCGAGGAGGCCUUCCGGUUUAUGGCCUCGGGGAAGCACGUGGGCAAAGUAGUGAUCCAAAUCCGGCCCGAAGAAAACGAGUCCGCCUCCACGCCCGCGUCGCCGCUCACGCUGGAGGCCGUGGCGCGCCCCUGUUUCUACGAGCACAAGUCGUACGUGAUCGCCGGAGGCCUCGGAGGCCUGGGUCUCGAACUCGCCGACUGGAUGGUGACUCGCGGAUGUCGCAAGUUGCUCCUGACGUCCAGGACCGGAGUGCGAACCGGGUACCAGCGACUGUGCCUCCAGCGGUGGCGUCGCGUCGGCGCCAACGUGCUCGUCAGCACCGCCGACGUCUCGACGGAGGAAGGAGCGCGCCAGAUCGUCGAGGAAGCGGCCGCCCUGGGACCGGUCGGCGGAAUCUUCAACUUGGCCAUGGUCCUUCAGGACGCCCUCAUCGAGAACCAGUCAGCGCAGACCUACGAGGCGGUGUGCAAGCCCAAGGUUCUCGGCACACAGCGGCUGGACGACGCGUCGCGCAAGCUGUGCCCCGAACUCGACCACUUCGUCGCGUUCUCGUCCGUGUCCUGCGGUCGUGGCAACGCCGGCCAGACGAAUUACGGCUACGCCAACUCCGUGAUGGAGCGUGUAUGCGAGCGUCGCGUCGCGGACGGACUACCCGGACUGGCCAUCCAGUGGGGCGUUGUAGGUGACGUCGGCGUUGUCCACGAUAUUUUGGGCGCUGGCGUGGUAGCCGGUGUGUUCGCGGCACAAAGGAUCGCAUCCUGCAUGGCGUUGAUGGACUCCUUCCUGAGUCAAAAGCACCCAGUCGUCUCGAGUUUUGUCAAGGAUGACUCGUUGUCCGUGGGCGACAGCAAAGACAAGCGAGAGCUCGUCCGGUCCGCGGCGCACAUCCUCGGCAUCAAGGACCCGUCGAGUCUAAGCUCGAACAUCACUCUUGGCGAGUUGGGCAUCGACUCUCUUAUGAGCGUCGAGCUGAGGCAGCUUUUGGAGCGAGACUACGACCUGGCGCUGUCCAUGCAAGAGGUCCGACAGCUCACCAUCGGCCGGCUGCGGGAGAUCAGCGACGGCAGCUCGACCGCUGAAAGCUCGACCACGCCAGGAAACGUUGCCGAUGCAGAGCAAGAUGACACGCCAAAAGUUGCCCGCUUGAAGCUGAUCGAGAAGCUGAUACCAGACCGCGCGAUGGUCAAGAUGAACAAUCUCGAGGGGCCGACGCCGUUGUUCAUCAUGCAUCCCGUCGAGGGUCACGUGGGCGCGCUGUCAGAGCUGGCCGCGCAAGUGCGCGUGCGCGUCGUCGGGGUGCAGUGGACGCCGGACGUCACCACGCACAGCAUCGAGAAGAUGGCUGCCGUCUACGUUCAGAGGCUACGCGAAGUACAGGCGGAAGGGCCGUACCACCUGGCCGGCUACUCGUUUGGCGCCACGGUUGCAUUCGAAAUGGCCGUGCAGCUUCAGGCCUCCGGCUGAGUCCGUGGGCAGCCUGACCUUCCUGGACGGAGGUCCCCGCUUUCUGGACCUGUUCUCUGCUCAGCGGAGGUCACGCUCCACGAUUAGCAGAGAGGAGCACGAGACAGACCUCUUCGUCAUGUUCCUCGCCCAGUACCUUCACCUGGACGUUUCUCAGGUGAGGAGUCAGCUGAGCGAGCAUUCGAGCUACGAGACGAAACAGGAAGCAGCCAUCGACAUCCUUCUCGACGCCCGUCCCGACCUGCGACUAGCCCGCGAGACCGUGGCCGCUGCCAUGCGCAUCUUCUACGAGUGUCUCCGGGCGGGCACGGUGUACCAGCCGCAAGGAAAGUACCGCGGCGACGUGCUGCCUCAUCAAGCCACGACAGAUGCCCGAGACAGCACCGCACCUGCCGCACGAAUACGGUCUCUCCGAGUGCUGUGAAGGCAACAUCGAGGUCGUUGUCGUGGACGGCGGUCACGAAGACUUCAUACUUGGACAGGGUGCGCACCGAUGCGCAGCCAUUAUCAACCGCCAGCUGCAUUGCUAGCGAAGGGCAAUGAUGAAAUCGUAGCAAUGAAGAAAGAUUAUCAAAUUACCUGAAGCUUCUAUAGGAAUUACCUUCAUUUCGCAAGAAACAAUA